ACAACACAGUUACACUUUUCUUACCACACGAGAGAUAAUCUAUCGAUCCUCGACCUCAUGAAUACGAUAACAAUAGACACGAUAGAGAACGAAUAAAUAAAGAUAUCAACGGGGAGGAAGAUCGGUCAUAAAUUUGCAUUUCAAACGCGAAUAAAAACUUAAUCCUUCUCGUGCCAACUACAUAAUUAGAGGAGAAAAAUUUUGAUUUCAAUAGCGCCAUGUCUUCGUUAUCUCCUACCAAUAAGAAGUACACGACUCGUUCGCCAGAGCGCCUCGAGGACUCGGUUUCGUGUCGGCAGACGGAUGUCGUGCUUUCGGCUGUCAAUCAUUCCGCCGCUUCGUCCUCCACUAUCACUUCACACUCUGACCAAUCAUUCUACCAACAAUACACAAUAUUCCAUUCUGAUGAAUCGAAUUUAAUAUUCCAUCGAUAGAAGACACGAUAACUUUUCCACGAUACACUCGUAGAUUAAACACCGGACAAAUAUUCGUGUGUUUGAAGUACUCGAAGAACGAAACGGAAUAAAAUUACACGUGAUCUAAGAUCUUCGGUGGUGGACGACUUUCUUUAUAACAAACAUGUCAGUGACUCCAUACUUCUCGAUACAAGGCGCACCUUCUUUCCAUCAAUUAAUCCCGAGGUUAAAAUUAGGAACGUUGGAUAAUUGGUGAAGGGGCCAUAACGAGCUUGAAAAAUUGGCGCUGCUCAUCGUUUAAUUGAACGUCGUUCGCCUUUAUUUCUACCAGUGAACAAGCGUAGCGAACGACAGUCGUGUGCUCGAAUUCGAAACAAAACCUACUUUCCGCCAUAUCGAGCAUUAUCACCGGACAAAAUUCUUAGAAUCGGUAUUUCAAGAAGAAAAUCUGAGGAGGAAAAUAAGCGGUAACGGUGCGAGGACGACCGCAAAUUUUGUAAAAAAUAAAUCCAACGCAUUCUCCAAUGGACAGUACAAUCCGCUUCAGUCGGUUCAGUUCGUUCUGCCCACAGUUCCACUCACGGUUAUCCAGUUCUCCGUGAGCAUUAGAACAGUACAGUUCAUAUCUUCACGCGAUUGCAUUACUUUCAACUUUGCAGCCGACAAUUCGUCUCAUUCAUCCUGCGUUAGACGAUCUUCGCGUUGAAAUUAACGAAAUUUGUGAGUUUUUUUGUGCGUGUAUUUUUUUUCUCUUAUAUCUUAACUAUUAUAAAAAGAAGAAGGAAAGGAAUAAUUAGAAAAGAAAAAUCCAAUUUGAAAUACGAAUAUCCAAACUACGAUGUCCACAUUAGAAUCGACAAAAGUGAUCUCGAUCUGAACCAAGUGCAAGAACAUUGUCGCGAUCAUCGGAUAAAUAAACACGAAAACGAGGUUCUUCAAGAUCGAAAGGAGGAAAAAUGGCGAGCGUGGACAAUAAUCUGGAGGAAUUGAUGAGCCAUCUCGGGGAGUUCGGUAAAUAUCAAUUCUGGCAAUUCUCUCUUCACAUUCUGGGCGCGUUGACGGCCGGUCUGCACAUGCUGACGCUGUUGACGGUGGCCGCUGUACCACCCCACAAGUGCAACGUGCCCGGGAUCACGUUGAUCGCGGAUCCCAAUAACCUCACGACAACCUCGAAUUCGAGCGUGGACAAUUUGCCCCGAGCCGUGGACGCUUGCUACUACUUGGACGGGAACAACGAGACGAAGGAAUGCGACUCGUGGACCUACGACACCCAAUACUUCCAAUCGUCCCGAGGCAUGGAGUGGAACUUGGUCUGCUCGCGAAGAUGGAUGGGCGCCCUUGCCCAAUCCUCCUACAUGUUCGGCGUGUUCAUCGGUGCAGUGACGUUGGGCAGCCUUGCCGACAAAUACGGUCGAAAGAUAAUAUUCUACGUGUCUGCGAUCGCCCAACUCGUUCUUGGAGUGUCAGUCGCGUUCGUCAACAACUACCACCUGUUCCUCGUGUUCAGAUUCUUGUACGGGAUCUUCGGCUCGGCGGGCGCGUACAUAACAGGAUUCGUGCUCAGUAUGGAGCUGGUCGGAGCCACGAAGAGGACCGUUUGCGGGAUAAUGUUCCAGCUAACUUUCGCCGUUGGUUUCAUGCUGGUUGCGAUUUGGGGGGCCGUGAUCAAGGAUCGUAUGUGGUUGCAGAUCGUUUACGGGCUUCACAGCGCCCUGUUGGCGGGCCACUGGUGGCUGAUGGACGAGUCGCCCAGGUGGUUGUGGGCCCAAGGCCGCGUCACCGAGGCGCUCGCGAUCGUGCAGAAGGGUCUGAGGAUGAACGGGACCGACGUGGACAUAGACGCCGCGAAAUUGAUCGGGGAGGGGAAGGCACGAGGGCACGUGGAUCGAAGGGAGAGGUCUUACGGUGCUUUGGACCUGUUCAAGACGCCCAAUCUGCGCAAGAAGACGUUGAACGUGUGCCUGAAUUGGUUCGCCAACUCGAUCGUGUAUUACGGGCUGUCUUUGAACGCGGGCAACCUGGUCGGCAAUCCCUUUCUCAUGCUGUUUCUCAGCGGUCUGGUCGAGAUGCCCACGUACGUGAUGAUCUGUUUCCUGAUGGAUAGGUUGGGGAGAAGGUGCAUGAUCACCUCGUUCAUGUUGAUCGGCGGCGUGUGUUGCAUAACAGCCGCCGUGAUACCCGGAGGAUCGGAUUUGACGAGGACGGCGAUCGUCGGGAUCGUUCUGUUCGGCAAGUCGAACAUAUCGGGCUCGUUCGCCGUUAUUUACAAUUACACAGCCGAGUUGUUCCCCACCGUGGUGAGGAACACGGGUUUGGGGAUAGGAUCGAUGUGCGCUCGUCUAAGCGGCACUUUGACACCCGCCAUAAUGCUGUUGGACUCGUUGGAUCCCAAAGUGCCCGCCAUUCUCUUCGGUUUCAUCGCGCUUGUGUCCGGUUUCCUGUCCAUGUAUCUGCCCGAGACGGUGAACCAACCGAUGCCCGAGACCAUAGAGGACGGGGAGAAUUUCGGGAGGCACGACACCUGCUUCGCCACGUGUUUCGGCUCGGAUAAAAAAGGCAGGUCUACUUACGAAGUUAAGUUGAAUCAAUUGGCGGAGAAGGACGAGAAGGAGAGGUUGAAUCAGGGUGAAAACGCUAGGGAGUAUUCCUCUUGAAAUGUAAAUGUGGUGGGAGGGAGUGGGGAAAUGAUGUAAAUGUAAAAUGUCGAAUGUAAAUGUUGCAGAAUUUUUUUUUUCUUUUUUUUUUUUUUAUUAUCAUUAUUCAUUGUGAAAAACAUUUUGAUGAUUCGCGUCUAUGAAUUUCUAGAUUUUCGUAAUUGCAACUGGAGAAAUCCAAUGUUGUGAAACGAUGCAACGGCUAUUAUUUACUGCGCGUUUUUAUUUUGCUUUAAAUAAUGCAAUAGUUCAAUAAUUUGUUUACGAUAAUUUGAAAUGUUUUUCUUUUAAUUAUUUUGUUACAGAAAAAUUCCGCAGCGUUAAUACGGCCACUGUUUGACGUAAAAAUGUUUUUUGUUGUGUACUGUGUGCAAUUUAAAAAAAAAAAAAAAAUCGAAGAAUAUUGCGACACGUCAAAAAUUAAUUUUUAAACUUAUCUUUUCCAUUUUUCCACUAUCUUUUAAAUUUGAAAGAGAGGCGAGUUCACUAACGAUCGUACAAUUUUUAUGAUUUUUUUUUUGUUACUAGUUCAUUCUACGUUCCUAGUACGUUCAUUGCUGAAAAAAAUAAUAUAUGAAAAAAUUUUAUUCGAUACGAUUUCAAAUUUGACGCGAAUAUUGUUACGAAUAUUCUCUUUGCGAUUUCUAAUUAUAUAUUUUUUACAUUUAUCACGCGCAUGAUAAAUAUAGGUAAUGACUCGAAUGGUAUGCAAUGAAUAUAUUUAAAAGGAUUUAACAAAAGACCUAUUGUUCCUAUUCUGCUAUUUUCUAUUUAGUGUGUGAAAAGAUACGACAAAGAAUUUAUUGUUCUUAAAAAGAAAUGUAUGCAUCUGCAAAGAAAGUACUAAAAAGACUGAAAUUUCUAAAAAUUAUUCAAAUCAAAAUCUUUUUACGAAAAAUUCUUUGGAAGAUACUUAUCGAAUAUCUAUACACUUGUAAUUAAUAAAAUAAAUAAAAAUUUUUAAAAUUUAAUUUUCAACGUUAAAAAAUACAAUGACGAUAAGAUUGAAUAAAGAGAAAUUAUAUUUUUUAUAUCUUGCAAAUGUAAAUAAUAACA